AUGCGUAUUUCGGUGUUGCGAGGUUCGAACAACGACAUCAACGUUCUGCAGUUGUCACCUCUCUUCAAUGAUGAGUGCCGAGAAGAGGGUCCAGAGAUCAGUUUCGUAGCAAACGGCACGCAGUAUCGCAGGGGAUACUAUUUGGCAGAUGGAAUAUACCCUCGUUGGCCCGUAUUCGUCAAGAAACUUCGCCAACCGGCUGGAGCGAGGAGACAAUAUUUUGCGCGAAAACAAGAGGCCGCUAGGAAAGAUGUUGAGCGAGCUUUUGGUGUGCUCCAAGCGCGAUGGGCCAUUAUACGCUGCCCGACACGAGUUUGGCACGGAGAUGAUGUCGCGAAUAUUAUGUUAGCAUGUAUCAUAUUGCACAAUAUGAUAAUAGAAGAUGAAGGAUUUGUUGCAGAACGUUGGGCACCGGAAGCAAGUCACAGCGUUGCCUCCGCGCCGAUACAGAUGGGUGUACCACGUAGUAAUAAAUAUCUGAUCCAACGUUUCGCUGAUAUACGCAGGAGCACAGCACAUGACCAACUCCAGGUCGAUUUGAUUGAAAAGGUCUGGGCACGUAGGGGAGGCGGCGUAGCGUGA